GUUCAGUGGAGCUCCGGGGAAGAGAGACAGCUUGGAGAAGGCCGGGGGCUGCGCGCGCACCCGCCUCUCGCUCAGCCGGCUUGGGCCCUCUGCGGUGGCGGCCAGGUGACAGCUGGGCCGGGCCUCCGCGUGUCGCCGCCCCUCCCCCCCGGCCGGGCCGGUGCCGCUGCGAGGUUCGAUGCCAGUCGGGCACGUCCGGGGCAGUUUUUGACUCCCCUGUGGCCCGGAUUGCGACAGUCCCUCCGUGCCCUAUCGCUGCUCCAGCCCCAGGAUGCAGAAUGUGAUCAACACGGUGAAGGGAAAGGCUCUGGAAGUGGCCGAGUACCUGACCCCGGUCCUCAAGGAAUCAAAAUUUAAGGAAACGGGUGUAAUCACCCCAGAAGAGUUUGUGGCAGCUGGAGAUCACUUAGUCCACCACUGUCCAACAUGGCAAUGGGCUACAGGGGAAGAAUUGAAAGUGAAGGCAUAUCUUCCGACAGACAAACAAUUUUUGGUAACCAAAAAUGUUCCAUGCUACAAGCGGUGUAAACAGAUGGAGUAUUCGGAUGAAUUGGAAGCUAUCAUUGAAGAAGAUGAUGGUGAUGGGGGAUGGGUAGAUACAUAUCACAACACAGGUAUUACAGGAAUUACUGAAGCAGUUAAGGAGAUUACACUGGAAAGCAAGGACAGUAUAAAACUCCAAGAUUGCUCAGCACUGUGUGAUGAAGAAGACGAGGAAGAUGAAGGGGAAGCUGCAGACAUGGAAGAAUAUGAAGAGAGUGGAUUGUUGGAAACAGAUGAGGCUACCCUAGACACAAGGAAAAUAGUGGAAGCCUGCAAAGCUAAGGCUGACGCUGGAGGUGAAGAUGCUAUUUUACAAACAAGAACAUACGACCUGUACAUCACUUACGACAAAUAUUACCAGACACCACGGCUAUGGUUGUUUGGCUAUGAUGAGCAACGGCAGCCUUUAACAGUUGAGCACAUGUAUGAAGACAUCAGUCAAGAUCAUGUGAAGAAAACAGUGACCAUUGAAAACCAUCCUCAUCUCCCACCACCUCCUAUGUGUUCAGUUCACCCAUGCAGGCAUGCUGAAGUGAUGAAGAAAAUUAUUGAGACAGUUGCAGAAGGCGGGGGAGAGCUUGGUGUUCAUAUGUAUCUUUUAAUUUUUUUGAAAUUUGUUCAAGCUGUCAUUCCAACAAUAGAAUAUGACUACACAAGACACUUCACAAUGUAGUGGAGAGGCUAUAGAGUCUAUCCUAAUUACUGCUUCUGAUUUUUAAAGAAUUAAUACAUAGCUGUGACCAUUGACCAUAUUUACCAAUAAGAAUAAUUUCUCUAAUAAUGGGAUUAUAUGUUUAUGCAUUAAAUAAAAACUGUUCUACUACCAGCCUUAUUUGUUUAAUAAAAAUGUUUGUGAAGAGAUGUUUUCAUUUCCUGUCAGAAGGUUCUAGUAGGGUUUCCCCUGUCAGACGAUGAUUGCAGAGUCAGGGUGCUAUUGAACAUCUACCAGUGUCAGAACUAGCUCUAGAAAGUGUUCCAUGCCAGCCUGUGUGUCUCUCCCUACUCCAUUCCCAGCCUUGUCCUCUCCCUACAUCUGCUCUGUGCUUGUAGUUCAUGUUUCUGAAGUGCUAACUGUAUGCCAAGAAACAUGCUCAGAAACAUUACCUGUUUCAUGAUUUAUUGCCAUCACCCAGAUUACUUCUUAUUAACGAUAUGGGGAUGUUUUUCUUAACAUGAUUGUCAGUAGAAUAGUGGGACUUGAAGGGGAAUCUUUGCUUGUAUUGUGUCAGUUCAUAGAUCUGAAAAUGGGAGUUUAAAAAGCAGAUUUUUCUGAAACAUACUUUAAGCUGUGGAGGAGAAUCCUGAUCUUUGGUUUUGUUUUUUUAUUUGUUUUUAACCUUUGCCUAAAAUCCCUGUUAUGCCUCUCAGUCUCCAUAUUAGUCUGUGUCAAGUGUGAUAUCUUCCCUUGUCUUCCAUUUUGUUUACAUCAUCUAAGAAUAUCCCUCUUAAUUAAAAACUUUUGAAAAUGUC